AUGGACGAACUCACUGACGUCUCCCAGUGGAUCUCUCCCCACCGUGUCUUUAACUUCCAAGACUUUAUUACAAGAGACCUUCUUCCUGCGCUUAGUCCGGAGCUUGGAGCCUAUAAUCCGAUACCACACAUCGACCGAUACCAGCUCGCGACUGGGCUAAAGGGCCAAAAACCAAAGAAGGAACCACAGUGGUUAUCCGCUACUGAAAACCAUGCACCGUGCGCGGCAGAGCUCGCUUCGCAGUUUACUUUCGGUAGCCAAGCACGCCAGAUCUACCUUAUCAUCAUACGUGAAGAAGAGAUAGAUAAGGACGUGGUCAUCAAGCCUGAGUCCGAGCCAGAGCCUCUCCGUGAGGCAAGCUUGGUCAGUAACUGGAGCAAUCCAGAGACCCCAGGGCUAAGCUUCCAGUCGCGUACCGCGUCACAGGAGGAGAUCCUCGCUGAGAGACUUAGAAUUGCUAGUGAGAAAAUUGUUCAGCUAGAGAAAGCACACCAGCAGGAGACAUCGAAGGAGAUACCGCAGGAGGACAUAACGCAGCGAAGAGAGGCUUCAGGUGCCCGGCAACGUGGGCGCCCGCGGCGACGUGGUGGUGUCAGGAAAGAUAGAGCUAGGUGUACUCCAGUGGCAGCACUCUCGGCACUAUCAGGGGCCACCUCACCGCGGCGUACGCGCAGUAUGGCCCCCCGUGGUGGAACAACAGAGUCUGGUUAG